AUGGCGUCUGAGUCGGCAUUCUCCGAGUGGAAGUUAUCCGGCUUGAAUCCGCGCCCAUCCGGAUUGAACGGAUUGGCGACCCAUCAGGCCGGAUCGGAUUCUAUCCGGAUAGAAUCCGAAUCCGCGGCAACACUAGUCUCACCGGAGCUGACGUUCGAGCAGUUUGUGGCAGCAUACCGGGCAAGUGGCUAUCUUAGCAUGUCGACGACACUGCGCGACAGGGACCUCGCCGUGUAUCGUUGGGGGCAGUCCUUGCGCCUGAUGUGGGCUUGGGAGGGUGAGAUAGUCGGCCGGAAUCGGUGGCAGGAACUGCAGGAUCGGGGUGGAGACGUGCACCGCGACUGGCUCGUUAUCCCUCCUAACUCCACUACUAUGACUCGCAGCCUGUACGAUGAGGAUGAGGACUUCGAUCCGCCAGACCUGGAAGAUGAAGACGUUGAAGAGGCUACGAAUGGGUAGGGAACUUGACUGGCUGGCCAAUGUAUGGAAAAUACAGAUACUUGUGCCGUAACUACGUGAUUACUUGACUUGUGCUCAUUUGACCUGUCAGAAGGUUUUAUCAAUCCUUGCUUUAUGCUAAAGCAGACGCGU